GUUUUGUGGUGCAAACGCAUGAUUUCAUUGCCAACGUUUGGAAAUUAACCCCUUCUCGUACCACCCCGUCGCACGCUAACAAUCUUCGUAUCAACCACCGAAAGCUCUCUUUUCGCUAGGGAAACACAAACAGAUACGCCUGUAAUCCACUCUCCCUUCGCAAACAUGGCUCGUGUACCUGUCUUAGGGCGUCUUUACUGGGGCGAGUACAUGGCUCUCCUGGGCGCCAUAUCUGUCCUCCUUCUCGAGGGCGUAAUUCGUCUCUUGACGAUGUGUAUGCCAGACAUCCUCAUUGACUGGUUCUAUGAGACAUCCCGCUGUAUCUUUCAUCAUUCUCAUUACGCCUUACUCGCCCCUCGGACUCCUGAAACUGAAGCUAGAGCAGACCAUGUUGAGGCUAUACGAUCUGCCGUCAACUUCGAGCGACUUUGUGCAAUUCAUGGAUAUGUUGCCGAAGAUCACAUAGUUCGCACUUCAGAUGGCUACUUCCUCUGUCUUCAUAGGCUGUGCACGAAAAGGGGUCAACGACGAGCGAGGCCGGGGGUUCGGACGGGGAAACCGGUGGUGUAUCUUCAUCACGGAUUGUUGAUGAACAGCGAAGUUUGGGUCUGCCUUACCGACGAACAAAGAAGCAUUCCAUUUGUGUUGGUGGAGAUGGGGUAUGAUGUUUGGUUUGGAAAUAACCGUGGUAACAAGUAUUCCAAGAAGAAUAUGACGCUCUCCCCGAAUACCAACAGUUUUGGGACUUCUCGAUACGAUUUGGGCAUGACGGAUAUUCCUGAGACAUUGGAAUAUAUCCUCCAGCUCACGAAGCCUACAUCAGGGAGAUUAAGCUACAUUGGGUUCAGCCAAGGCUCUGCGCAGGCGUUUGCAGCUUUGAGUGUCCAUCCUCAAUUAAACGACAAGAUUUCGGUAUUCAUCGCUAUUGCGCCUGCAUUCAGUCCGAAAGGUUUAGCGUCCAAGUUGGUGGACGCACUUAUGAAGUCGUCGCCAAACUUCCUUUUUUUGUUCUUUGGGCGCAAAUGCAUUUUACCCUCAACCGUCAUGUGGCAAUCCAUCUUGUAUCCACCAAUAUUCGUCCAGACCAUCGAUACUGCUCUUGUUUUCCUGUUCUCAUGGUAUUCACGCAACAUCUCACAAGAGCAAAAACUGGCGGCCUACGCUCACCUGUACUCGUUUGCGUCUGUUAAGUCGGUGGUCCAUUGGUUCCAAAUUAUGCGCACGGGUGUAUUCCAGAUGUACGAUGAUGAUGCGCAUUCGUUUUAUUCCAAGAAUUUCUAUCAUCCUGUCAGGGUAUCAUGUCUGUCCAUUUCCAGGAUGAUCAAACCGCUGAUCGGUGAUUCAGUUCCCCAGCCGCAACAUCAUUACACCCAUCGUUCUCCUCUACGGAGAUUCGACAGUCUGGUGGACAUCGAUGCUAUGCUUGGUCAAUUACCUGAUCAUACGAUACCCAAACCCGUAGACGUGGAUGUUAUCCCAAAGGUGGUGGAGGCAUUGGAGCAAUAUCAAUCCCCUGAAGAUGGAAGGAAAAGAGCGUCGAGAUGGCACUGAAAGCAUAUACCAUAUUCGCCAGGAAAGAAUAAUUAGGAAUUCAAGGACUCCAUUAUCUCAUGCCAUAAUGUAUGAUAGGCCACUGGCUCGGAUGUACUUUAAUAUAAAUCUUAUAGUUC